AUGGGAGAAGCAGAGAAUCGUGUUGCAAAGCGAAAAUCGCACACGAAAAGCCGCAAAGGGUGCUUUUCAUGCAAAACUCGUCAUACAAAGUGCAACGAGGUUCGCCCACGAUGUCAGAAUUGCGUAAGAUUGGACAUUCAUUGCAACUGGCCAGUCAUCAAAAACCAAUACUCAGCGUCUUCACCUCAAUCAAACGGAAGCAGUCAUCUAUCACCAGUAGUUCCAGAGCAACUGUCUGCUCACAGUACUGCCGGUUCUGAGCCGAGCGAUGCCGAUCUUCCUAUACCGGACCUUCGCCUGUUACAUCACUGGAUGUCGAAGGGCCACCAGUCUUUGCGUCCAUACGCUACUUCCUCAAGAGAGGACAAUAUUUGGCGUGAUGAAUGUAUAAACAUUUCGUUCCAACAUCCGCCUCUACUCCACGGCUAUCUGGCUCUGUCUGCUGUACAUAAGGCGCUUACCGUUCCUGGUUCGGAUCGACAAAGUCUCCUCUUGCAAGCUGAUUCACACAUCUCUCGCGGCUUAGCUAUUUACAGACAACAUCUUGAGGCACCUGCUGUCGAGAGAGCUGUACCCAUGUUCAUGACGUCCACAGUAUUGUUCACGUAUAACCUUGGUUCAGCACAGCUAGAGAAGCCAGACGAUCCGAUUGACGGAAUUCACCAUUGCUUUCGACUCCUGGCAGGUAUCAAAAUGGUUGUAAUGCCAUUUUGGUUUGAGAUCAAAGACACAAGUGUGUUUGCUCAUCUCGUCGAGUUCGCUGAGGGUGAUAACACGGAUUCCCUGGACGCACGAGCCAAAGACGACUCGACUCCAGAAAUGCUCGCAUUGAAGGAGUUGACCGGGUGUCUGUUGAACGCGCAAGAUAGAGAUACGUGUCUAACGGAAACCGAGGAGCUUCACAGAACAUCUGUAAGACUCCGACAUUUAUCUGCGCGUAGUGACGAGUACUCCUUGAUUCUGGGUUGGGCUGCUCGAUUACAAGACCACUUCAUGCACCUCGUUUCGGCCCACAACCCAGUCGCCUGUAUCAUCAUCGCGUAUUUCGCCGCGCUGUUGGCGCAAGCUCGCCCGGUCUGGUGGGUUGGGAACUGGCCGCAAUGGCUUUUGACAGCCUGUGAACAGCUUCUUGCAGCAACACCUGAGCUUCUCAAGUGGCUGGAGUGGCCCCGGCGAAUCAUGAGUUCACAAACUCCGAGCACGGUCUCCACACCGGUAUCUUUCGAAUAG